GUGUGUGUGUGUGUGUUGGUGGAAAGUGUGGUCAGUGGAUCUUGCAGUGAGUGUGUGUGUUGAAUAGAAAAUUAACACCCAAUUCAAUAAUGGAUUAGUAGGCCAGGAUAACAUUUAAAAUGUACCAUUUAAAGACAUAUGGGGUGUGAUUUUUUUAUUUUAUUCGCCACCGAGAGAAUAGAAGUUAGAAGAAUUUGCUAAUCAACUGGCCAGAUGGGUUAACAAAUUAAAACGAGUUUAAAAGUUUUAAAACGAUGAAACUGAACGAGACCCACCCAGUUAAGAACAGGUGCAUGUCAUCUAGCUUAAUUGCUCACGGCUGAAUUCAAUUUCGAUCAUACAGCGCGGAGUGGUAUAGGCCUAUAAAAAGGUUAUUGUUAAAUGUGGUAAUUUGAUAAACCCAAAGAGAAAAACAAUGAAGGUCUCUGGCAAUACAACGAAGAAACCCAGAAGAGCGCUUAGGAAAAAAACACAGCUCUAUUCCACUUUGAUCUACAAGGUUCAUAAGGAGGGUAGCGGUAUCCCUACCAUGGAUCGGGGUUUGUUGGAGUCAAGCUGCCACCGGAGGGUGUUGUCGCGGAUAGUAGGAUCAGACGCCGCCCGCCUUUCACGGCUCAAUCGGAGGAAAGUCAUCACCCACCAUGAAGUCCACAUUGCCUUUGCACAGCUCAUAAAGAGACAAAAGAAAAUGCAAGCCGGACAACCCGGGGCUUGAUUUAUUUUUAGAUUUUUUUUAGGCCAAAUGUUAUUUUAAAUGUAUUAAAGAGUUAUUUAUUUUAACUUAUUGUAUUUUGCGUUUUUGUGUGAAAUCACAGGCUGUGGCAUUGGGAAUUGAGCAGCUGAGGCUUGAAUGAUUAAAUGUGGUGACUCAUUCAUUUGUAUUUACGCCUAACGGAUUCCAGUCCAAUUAAUUAGAACAAUGACGGAGGCAUGAUUUCAAACUUAUUGGCUGCGUUGGGUUAAUUUGAUGCGGCCGCCAGGUGAUCAGAGAGGCUGUGUUGGGAAAUGGUCACAUCUAGCGCGCGUCGGGCGAUCUCGAAUUAAACGACGAAUUUAACAAUGUGCGCAACAAGGUCAGAGGUAGCUCGCUGGUACAUUACGAAUAUUUAAUCGUUUUUUUUUUUAACUCCACCGUUGUCUGGAUAUAAACUGGUAAGUUCUAUUUGAACAAAGUGGGUCUUGGACUUAAUGAUUUUCGUUUACUGGCGUAGGCGGUUCUAUUUGACUAUAUAUCCUAUUGAGUAUCCGGAGUCAUUGGAAUUGUACAUGCUAAAAUUAAGUCCUACAAAUAGAGCAAUGAUGUAUAUAUUCAAUGUGUUUAAUCCUCCUGCCCUUAAUUUGGUGGAAUGAUGUGCGCGUCACUAUUUGUGUUUUUUUUUCUCUUUCCCGAAGAGCCAUGGUGACAGGUGAGAUCGCGUUUUAGGGGCUGUAUUCGUCCAAGUGGAGUUUAUUUUCAAACUAUUAAACUUGACUUUAUGUCAAUCAUUAAACUCCCAAUAUCUUCCGAUCAGCCCUAUAACAGAAUGGCCAAACACGAAUUAUUAAAUCAUCGGGAACCCUCUAUUAACUGAUACGGAUGACUUUUGGACACCUGUUACUUCCAACAGCACUAUGGGAUGUGGCUCUUCUGUUGCCAUAGAUACUAGGAGGCUGACGCCGGAAGUGACAGCCAAAAUCCCCAGCCCUGCUCUGAGUAAGACUUAUCACCUCAAUCAUUGUGUCAUUGGUCAAGCCUUACUAUUGUUAUGUCUUGCCAGCUAUGAAGGCUGCCAUCCUGAUCCAGCGCUGGUACCGUCGAUACAUAGCCAGGUUAGAGAUGAGACAGCGAUACACUUGGAACAUCUUCCAGUCCAUAGAGUAUGCAGGAGAGCAGGACCAGCUACAGCUCUCCAGUUUCUUCAGCUUCAUGCUGGACAACUUCACACAGCUGAGUGGGAAUGGACCAGAUCUGAUUUCCCACCUGCUGGACCCAGUUGUCAACCCCCAGACGGACAGAGCCAGACUGACCAACCAUGAACAGAUCAUCGUGCCGGAGUCUUACAACGGCCCUCGCCUCACCUUCCCUCUCACCGUCUCCCAGACCGACGCUCUGCUCACGGCCUUCAAGAACCAACAGCAACUCCAUGGCAGGUUUGUGCUGCAGUUGUUACAAGAGACCAAGAAACUGCUCAGACAGAUGCCAAAUGUCGUUUACUUCUCCACACCUUACGCCAAGGAGAUCACAAUAUGUGGCGAUUUGCAUGGGCGACUAGAUGACUUACUGCUUAUAUUCUACAAGAACGGCCUGCCCUCAGCUGAGACCCCGUAUGUGUUCAACGGGGACUUCGUGGACAGAGGGAAGAAGUCCGUAGAGAUCCUCAUCUUGCUGUUUGCCUACCUGCUGCUCUAUCCAGACCAUAUGCACCUGAACAGAGGCAAUCAUGAGGAUCACAUAAUGAACCUCAGAUAUGGAUUCACUAAAGAAGUAAUGCAGAAGUACAAGACUCACGGCAGGGAUAUCCUGAAGCUGAUCCAAGAAGUCUUCAGCCUGUUGCCCCUAGCCACAGUCAUUGACAACAAAGUGCUCGUUGUUCAUGGAGGAAUAUCAGACGUGACGGACUUGGAUUUCCUCCGCUCUAUUGAAAGACACAAGGUGAAGUCUGCCAUGAGAUUUCCCAGGUGUACUCCAGAGCAUACGCAGGUGGCCCGGAGCAGUAGAGCGCCCCUGUGGAGCCGGCCAGAGAGUCCCCUCUGUGACAGCCGUAGGAGUGAGGGCAAGACUACCAAGAAGAGACACUGCCACAUCACAAGGCAGGGUAGUGGCUCCUCUUCGUCGUCCUCUUCCUCUUCGUUGAUGUGUUCCCCCCGGGGAUCGUUGCACCCCUGCCUCACACCGCACCCCUGCCCAUCUGCCAGCAUGCCAAGCCUCACUGACGCCUUCCAGGCUCCUUUUCUGGAUAGCUUCAGUGCACUCCUGGUCCCUCUGCCAUCCCGGGAGGAGGUGGAGUGGAAACAGGUGGUGGACUUGUUGUGGAGCGACCCAAAGAGCCAGCCAGGCUGCCGUCCCAACACCUUCAGAGGAGGGGGCUGUUACUUUGGCCCAGACGUGACCCGGCGCCUGCUAGAGAAGCACGCCUUGAGCCUCCUCAUCCGCUCCCACGAGUGCAAACGGGAGGGCUAUGAGCUCUGUCACGACGGACAGGUGAUCACCAUCUUCUCUGCGUCCAACUACUAUGAGGAGGGCAGUAACCGUGGGGCCUACAUCAAGCUGGGCCAAGAGCUGGUCCCUCGCUUCUUCCAGUACCAGGUCAGCCACACCACCCGGAAGCUGACCCUCAUGCAGAGGGUUAGGGUGGGCGAGGGUUCGGCUGUCAGGGCACUACAGGAGAAGCUGUUUGCCCAUCGCUCUGAACUCAUGGCUGCCUUUCAACACUAUGACACAAGUAACAGUGGUUGCAUAUCGGUCAGUGAGUGGGCCGUGGUGGUGGAGUCAGUCCUCAGAAUGGACCUGCCCUGGAGGACCCUGCGACCACGGCUGGCACGGCUGGCACCCGAUGGCAUGGUGGAGUACCAGUCCUGCUUCGAGGACAUGGGCCCUGGACAACCCAUCCCCCAGGUCUCUCCAAACUUUGCUGAAACUCUUUACAGAUAUCGAACAGACCUUGAGAUCAUCUUCAACAUCAUCGACAAAGACCAUUCUGGUCAGAUCUCCACUGAGGAGUUCCGUCAGACGUGGAGGCUGUUUAGUGCUCAUCUGGGGGUGGAGGUGGACAACAAGGCCAUUGAUGACCUUGCCAGGACUAUGGACUUCAACAAGGAUGGCAGCAUCGACUUCAAUGAGUUCCUAGAGGCCUUUAGGGUGGUGCACAAACUAGACAGCAAGGACCAGCAAGAGUGCUGAAAGAGAACUAUAAAUACCAGCAGCAGGCUGGGAAAGCUACAAAGACUAGCAGCUCCACUGACAGAGAACUGCAAAUACCAGCAGUGCAGCUGAGUGGGAAUUACAAAGACCAGCAGCAGGGUUGAAUAAAAACAAAUGCUAAUAGCAGGACUCAGAGACAAUAACAAGAACUUCAAUAUCUACACUGUGGAUGGCAGGAAUGCUUACUGUCUUACAAAGAGCUUUUCAGCUUCCAGAAUAUUUCCCUAACCAGUUACUGGUAUGGGGAAGGAUCAAUGUGUCUCAGCUAUUUAUACUUCCCAGUCCUCUGCCCAGCCUUCCUUUAUUGAUGUAAGAAGGUCUGUUAACACUGCAACACCAGUCAGAUGAGACAUAUUUUCUAGUAUUUGAUGCCUAUAAAUACUGUGUGGUGGAUUCCAUGCCUUAUUAAAGUCACAAUGUAACAA